CAGUUUCAACCUGCGGAGACAAACAGCAUGGACUGACACAAAGACAGUUUCAACGACACGGAAGCCAGAUGUUGACCGAAACACCUGCCUGAUGGGAUCCUGAGGUUUAGUCAAAGGGGAUUUUCCAUGCAAGUGUGACAGAAACACGAGAAUCAUGCCGUCUCACCAGAGAGGACGGAGCCUCUCUGAGGCCUUCACCCUCGAACAAUCAGAAGAAGGUGGGCUGGUCAUUUCCAGCGUCAACAAGGCCUCAGCCAAUCAGGGUCUGAGGGAAGGGGAUGAAAUUUUGGGGGCAACAAUCAAUUUUGACCAACUGUCAAAAGAGGAAGUAAUAAAAGUACUGAAGGUAAUGGAACCGUUUGAUGACAAGGUCCGGGUCCUCACCAGGAGCAACCUGAGCAGGAGCCUUGACAAUCUGGACCAGUGUGCCAAGAGUCCCGAGACAAUGUUGAAGGAUUCCUACAGCAAACUCUACAAUGCCAAAAUCAAGAAGUUUAUGGACGGCAGUGAGAGCAGUGAGCCAACUGUAGCAGGCUCAUCCAAGGUUAACCUAAAACAAGAUAUGGGGUUGCCUCGCCUCGGAGUUGACUUUGGACUUCUCAAAAGCAAGACUCUGAGCACAGACAUUGAUGGUGAUUCAGAAUCUGCAACAUUUUCGGCUGGAGCAGCUGGAGAGUUAACAGGUGGCAGCAAUCUGAACCUUCCACCUUUGGGUCUCAGUUUGAGUGGGACUACUUUAAGUGGAGCUCAGGUACCAAGAAAUCGACUGAAAGUUGAUGCUAGAAGUCCACAGCUUAACACUCCAGACUUACCAGGAGGUCCAAAUGUAAACGCUACAGGUGGUAUACAACUGCCAAACACUGACAGUCCAUCAGUUGACUUGACAAUGCCAAAUCUUCAAAGACCUCAUAUUGGACUGGAAGACAAAGGAACAUUUAGAGCUCCAGAAAUAGGAGGCUCAGAUGUUAGAACCCCUGAAAUGGGGAUAAACCUUAAUGGGGGAAAUAUCACUGGUCCAUCCUUUGACACUGGCAUUCCUAAAGUGUGCAUUGAAGGAACAAACAAAGAAUUCAAAAUGCCAAAAUUCAAAAUGCCUGACCUGGGCCUCUCUGGACCUUCUCUUAGUGGUCCAGAAUGUGAGAUCAAGACACCAGAUGUACCUUCAGAUAAACUCAAUCUCAAGUAUUCCAAGAAACUGAAAAAGCCGGAUCUAAAUGUGGAUGAUCUUUCCUAUUAUGUAGGAUCGCCCAGGCUUAGGCUGUCUGAGAGAUCCCCUGACUUAGACCUGGAAAUGCCAGGUGUCAAUGUAUCACAGCUCGAUCUAGAUGGAUCAGACAUUGACAUGCCUUCAGGUGAAGUCAAAGUGCCACUAAGGAAACCAAAGAUUGAUCUUAAAACUCCAGAUUUAGAUGUGGAUGCUCCAGCUGGUAAAUUCAAUAUGCCCAAAUUUGGGUUCCCAGGCAAACUUGAAGCUGAUGUUAAAACACCUGACCUAAGUCUCAAAACACCAAAUAUAAAAGGUGGGAUUCAUGCACCUGAUAUAAGUCUGCCCAGAGCUGACCUAAAAGGACCAACUUUAGCCACGGAGACUCCAUCAGUUGACAUUAAAGGUCCAUCUGGAAAGUACAAGGCACCUAAAUUUAAAAUGCCCAAAUUUGAUUUACCGGACAUUCAAGUUCCAGAUUUUGAGGGACCAGAUGUGCAGUUGGCUGGACCUGGUCUCAAAGCUGGAAUUGCAGACCCAAAUGUUGACUUAAAUGUACCCUCACCUGGCUUGGACAUUGCAAGCCCAUCUGGUAAAUUCCAAAUGCCAGGCUUUGGGUUUUCUGGGCCUAAAGUUAAAGCCCCUCAAUAUGAGUUAGAAACUCCAGACAUGAAUGUGUCUGCUCCCAAUUUGAAGGGGGGAAUCAAUCUGCCUGAGAUGGAUCUUAAUAAACCCAAAUUAGAUCUUUCUGGCCCAGGUGUCAACUUAGAUAUGCCCUCAGGUAAAUUACAACUCCCAGCAAUGAAGAAACCAAAUUUUGACUUGAAUGCUCCUGAAAUGCAUAUUGAUGCUCCCUCAAGCAAACUUCAGAUGCCUAAAUUUAAUCUUUCAGGCACGUUGCCAAAGGGACCAAAUAUGGACAUAAAUACAGAUCUGGAUGCUCCAGAUUUGAGUCUCAAAGCUCCAAAGAUAAAGGGUGGAAUUAAUGCCCCUGACUUGGACUUACCAAACAUGGACCUUAAAGCCCCAAAGUUAGACAUUAAUACUCCUGACAUCAACAUUGGCUCACCCAAAGGAAAGAUGAAGAUGCCCAAACUGAAAAUGCCUAAAUUUAACCUCCCAAGCCUGAAAGGACCUGAAAUUGACGGAAACUUAGAUGGUCCAGACAUGGAUAUUAAUGCACCUGAUUUCAACCUUAAGGGCCCUAAAGCUGACUUAGAUGUUGAUAUUGCUGGUCCAUCUGGAAAAUUCAAAAAGCCAAACUUGCACAUGCCAGAUUUUGGGUUCUCUGGUCCAAAGUUAGAUGGUCCUAAGUUGGACCUGAAAUCACCAGACCUAGAUAUCUCUGGUCCCAGUCUCAGUGGUGGAAUAAAUACACCAGACCUAAAUAUGCCUAAGGUGGACCUCAAAAGCCCAAAGCUAGAUCUCAAUACCCCAAAGCUCAAUGUAGACAUGCCAUCUGGUAAACUGAAAAUGCCAGAGCUUCAUGCCCCAGACUGGGAUGUUAAUGCUCCCUCUGGCAAAUUGAAAAUGCCAAAAUUUAACCUUUCGGGCUCGUUGCCAAAAGGACCAAAUAUGGACAUAAACACAGAUCUGGAUGCUCCAGAUUUGAGUCUCAAAGCUCCAAAGAUAAAGGGUGGAAUUGAUGCCCCUGACUUGGACUUACCAAACAUGGACCUUAAAGCCCCAAAGUUAGACAUUAAUACUCCUAACAUCAACAUUGGCUCACCCAAAGGAAAGAUGAAGAUGCCCAAACUGAAAAUGCCUAAAUUUAACCUCCCAAGCCUGAAAGGACCUGAAAUUGACGGAAACUUAGAUGGUCCAGACAUGGAUAUUAAUGCACCUGAUUUCAACCUCAAAGGCCCUAAAGCUGACUUAGAUGUUGAUAUUGCUGGUCCAUCUGGAAAAUUCAAAAAGCCAAACUUGCACAUGCCAGAUUUUGGGUUCUCUGGUCCAAAGUUAGAUGGUCCUAAGUUGGACCUGAAAUCACCAGACCUAGAUAUCUCUGGUCCCAGUCUCAGUGGUGGAAUAAAUACACCAGACCUAAAUAUGCCUAAGGUGGACCUCAAAAGCCCAAAGCUAGAUCUCAAUACCCCAAAGCUCAAUGUAGACAUGCCAUCUGGUAAACUGAAAAUGCCAGAGCUUCAUGCCCCAGACUGGGAUGUUAAUGCUCCCUCUGGCAAAUUGAAAAUGCCAAAAUUUAACCUUUCGGGCUCGUUGCCAAAAGGACCAAAUAUGGACAUAAACACAGAUCUGGAUGCUCCAGAUUUGAGUCUCAAAGCUCCAAAGAUAAAGGGUGGAAUUGAUGCCCCUGACUUGGACUUACCAAACAUGGACCUUAAAGCCCCAAAGUUAGACAUUAAUACUCCUAACAUCAACAUUGGCUCACCCAAAGGAAAGAUGAAGAUGCCCAAACUGAAAAUGCCUAAAUUUCACCUCCCAAGUCUGAAAGGACCUGAAAUUGACGGAAACUUAGAUGGUCCAGACAUGGAUAUUAAUGCACCUGAUUUCAACCUCAAAGGCCCUAAAGCUGACUUAGAUGUUGAUAUUGCUGGUCCAUCUGGAAAAUUCAAAAAGCCAAACUUGCACAUGCCAGAUUUUGGGUUCUCUGGUCCAAAGUUAGAUGGUCCUAAGUUGGACCUGAAACCACCAGACCUAGAUAUCUCUGGUCCCAGUCUCAGUGGUGGAAUAAAUGCACCAGACCUAAAUAUGCCUAAGGUGGACCUCAAAAGCCCAAAGCUAGAUCUCAAUACCCCAAAGCUCAAUGUAGACAUGCCAUCUGGUAAACUGAAAAUGCCAAAAUUUAAUCUUUCAGGCACAUUGCCAAAAGGACCAAAUAUGGACAUAAACACAGAUCUGAAUGCACCAAAUUUGAAUUUGAAAGCUCCAAAGAUAAAGGGUGGAAUUGAUGCUCCUGACUUGGACUUACCAAACAUGGACCUUAAAGCCCCAAAGUUAGAUGUAAAUACUCCAGAUGUCAACAUUGGCUCACACAAAGCAAAAUUUAAAAUGCCCAAAUUGAAGAUGCCUAAAUUUAGUUUUCCAAGUCUAAAAGGACCUGGAAUUGAUGGAAACUUAGAUCACCCAGAUGUUGAUGUGAAUGUACCCAGUGUCAAUCUUAAAGGUCCUAAAGCUGAUGUAGGAAUUCCAGAUCUUGAUAUUGCUGGUCCAUCAGGAAAAUUCAAAAAGCCAAACUUAAACCUGCCUGAUUUCGGGCUCUCUGGUCCAAAGAUAGACGGCCCUAACUUAAACCUCAAAUCACCAGACCUAGAUAUCGCAGGUCCUAACCUCAGUGGUGGAAUAAAUGCACCACACAUAAACUUGCCCAAGGUUGACCUGAAAAGCCCAAAACUGGACCUCAGUGCCCCAAAGGUCAACUUAGACAUGCCAUCUGGAAAAAUGAAAAUGCCAAAUUUUGGAAAACCAAAGGCAGACCUUCAUGCCCCAGACUGGGAUGUUAAUGCUCCCUCUGGCAAAUUGAAAAUGCCAAAAUUUAACCUUUCAGGCACAUUGCCAAAAGGACCAAAUAUGGACCUAAACACAGAUCUGAAUUCACCAGAUUUGAGUCUCAAAGCUACAAAGAUAAAGGGUGGAAUUGAUGCCCCUGACUUGGACUUACCAAACAUGGACCUUAAAGCCCCAAAGUUAGAUGUUAAUGCACCAGAUUUCAAUAUUGGCUCACCCAAAGCAAAGAUGAAAAUGCCCAAAUUGAAAAUGCCUAAAAUUAGUCUACCAAACCUAAAAGGACCUGAGAUUGACGGCAAUUUCAGUGGCCCAGACAUCAAUGCGCCUAACGUCAACCUCGAAGGGUCCAAACCUGGCUUUGAAAUGCCAGAUGUUGGUUUUGGCAGUCCUUCUGGAAAAAUGAAAAAGCCACAUCUGAAAAUGCCUGAUGUGGGAUUUUCUGGUCCAAAGUUAGAUCGCCCAAACUUUGACCUCAAGUCACCAGAUUUUGAUGCUAAGUUACCAAAGGGACCAAAUUUGAACAUAAAUUCAGACCUAAAAACUCCAGAUUUGAAUCUCAAAGCUCCAAAGAUGAAAGGUGGACUUGAUGCCCCCAAGUUGGGCUUACCAAAUGUGGACCUUAAAGCUCCAAAGUUAGAUAUGAACACUCCAGAUGUCAACAUUGGUUUGCCUGAUGCAAAGUUCAAAAAGCCAAAAAUCAAGAUGCCAGAAGGUCCCAAUAUUGAUAUAAACGGAGACCUACCUGACCUGAAUUUACCAAAUGUAGAUAUUAAUGGCCCAAACAUAGGGCGACCAGACAUGAACUUUACUGCCCCUGAGGUCAGAGGAGGAAUAAGAGGUCCAGAUUUUGACAUGAAUGUCCCCUCUGGAAACAUCCAGGGUCCUCACACUGAUCUUGAUUUGGCAGACAGAAAAUUCAAACUCCCAUCUUUCAAGCUGCCUCAGUUUGAAAGCCCAGAUCUUCAGAGGACGGGGUCUGAUAUUGACUUCGGUGCAUCUCUGAGGCCAACACAUCUGGAUAUUUCUCCUCCGAAUGCAAAAGUGAAUGUAAAACCACCAGAGUUGACGAGGAUUAUCAGAGGUCCAAAGGUUAGUUCUCCAAACAUGGACCUCAGCAUGCCCAUGGCAAUGCGGAGUCCACAGCUGCAUCUCAGAUCUCCGGAUCUUGACAUUGAUGAUCCUUCACUAAAUUUCAAAAGACCUUCUUAUAAGAAGGUACAUAUAUCAGAUAUGACAGGUGUUAACAUGAGAAUGCCUGCCAUGGACCUAGAUGGAGAUAUCAGACAUAAGCCACCUAGAACCAAAGUAAGGACCAGCUACCCUGCGGUGGAUGCAAAUUUUGGCCACCAUAUUGAUUUCAUCCGUUCAGAUCUCAACAUUGAUGAUUUCACGGGAAAGGAACAUGUACUUAGAGCCAGAGGUUCAAAACUGGACUUCCAGACAUCACAUAACUAUGGACACCUGAUCCGCCCGUCAGGUGUUAAUAUUGACAUGAGGGACCCCAGACACAUGAGAAGAAUCCCAGCUGGUGAAGCAUAUUCAAAGCAUCAGAGAACAAUGCAGCCCGUACCUAGCGGACGUUUGCCGCAUUUUUCUCAUGAUUCAAGAAUAAGAGUACCCAGCAGUUCAGAUGGAUACUAUGUCACUGUUUUUCCCGCUCAAACCCAAAAUCAAAGGAUGCCAAAUCGUAAAUAUAACACACUUGGAGGGCUUGAUUUUAAUCCAGGAAACAUAGACCUUGAAGUUCCAUAUAGAAAUAACCGAAAAGGGUCAAAAAUCUUUCUCUCCGACCUUGUGUAGGUUUCAAAUCACUCAUGUUUCCACAAGCAGUGUCAACUGUUUCUUUUAGUCUGCUUUUUGUUUUGGGUUGUUUUAUUGUGACUUCAGUUGUUGUAUAUUGUUGUAUGAUUUAUGAUUUGUAAGAAAUGUGGCCCUUAAUGCCUCAAUUAUGUUUUUUGCUUAUGAAGCCACUCCUGUAGCUUUGUAAUGAUGUAAAUUACAUUACAAUGAAGCAUCCUUGCACUUGUUUCAUAUGUAAAUUCAAACUUUUACACAGUGUUUAUACUACAUCAUACGUGUUUGAAAAGUAGGUUUGUAUAUAUAUUAAAGUUAAGUUAAACUUCUGAUUUUGUUAUGACACUCAAGGUUUUGCCAAAGUUUUUCACAUAUUAUAUUGUGCACUUAUUCUUUUGAAAAGCCCACCAUAUUUUAUAUUCAUUGGGAUGUAUAUAGUUGAGAUGUCUUAUAAGCAUUUUUGUUUGACAUCUUGGAGCAAUAAUAAUGAAAUAGUUGGAGAUUACUGUGCUGUAUAAAUCAACUAUAUAAACUUUGUCAGGCCAUUUUAAAGGUGACUGUGAAGCAAUUAAAAUUUGAUGUAAUGUACACACUAUAUUUUAUAUUGUUAUGAUGUUUUGUGGUUUUAUCAAGUUUAAAUCUCUAAGUGUGUGUACUCUAUUUUUAAAAUUAAAUAAAAUAUGCCAUCUCAUACAAAUGUUUGUGUGUU